UUACUCUUUUAACAAAAAAGAAAUUGUAACAUUGUAUUUUCCCUCUUAUUAUUGGCGUUGUUAUUUUGCUUGCGUACCCAAAAUCGAAGGUUGUUAUUCCCAGCUAGAGCGGUUUUGUUACAGUGAGAAAUUCAUUCAAUCGCCAAUGGAUUCUCUAGAGUUAGGAAACUCCGAUUCUUGGGAUUUUCUCGAUUACUCAUUCAUCGAUCCUCCUCCCACCGAUUUUCUUUGGUCCAAUCCAAGUGAUUUUGCGAGUGUGAACACGGAAAUUGACGUUCGAAGCAAUGAUUUUGCGAGUGUGAGUGCAGACAUUGACAUUCCGAGUGGUGUUGUUGCAUGUCAAGAAGAGAAUAAUACCAGGAAGAGGGGACGCGGUGAAUCAUGUCACAAGGCAGGAACAAAAGCUUGCCGUGAGAAAAUGCGGAGGGAGAAACUCAAUGAAAGGUUUUGCGAUUUGAGUGCUGUUUUGGAUCCUGGGAGACCUGUGAGAACAGAUAAGCCUGCUAUACUUGAUGAUGCUAUCAGAGUCUUGAACCAACUUAAAACUGAAGCUGAGGAACUCAAAGAAACAAAUGGAAAAUUGUUAGAGGAAAUAAAAUGUUUGAAGGCAGAGAAAAAUGAACUCCGCGAAGAGAAACUUGUUCUGAAAGCUGAUAAAGAAAAGAUGGAGAAACAGCUGAAAACUUUGCCUAUUUCACCAGCAGGAUUUAUGCCUCCUCCUCCUCCUAUGGCUGCUUAUCAAGCAAGCGUGAACAAGAUGGCUGUUUAUCCAAACUAUGGAUAUAUCCCAAUGUGGCAAUAUCUUCCCCAAUCAGCUCGCGACACAUCCCAAGAUCACGAGCUCAGGCCUCCUGCCGCCUAGUUGCUUUGCUUGUGUUACUUCCCUUUGGUUAAUUUUUCAUUCACCAUUUUGACAACACUGUCCAAGUAUUGACAUGUAAAUUACCAUUGCUUCAAAUUUUCAGGUCUUAAUAUGAUAAAUUAGGUUUACAAUUACCAAUC